AUGGUCCAAGGCUCCCCCGGAAGUGCACCAAGCCAAAUCAUCAAUCCUCAAUGGCAGCAGCAGUUGCUAAAGUGUGAGAUGGUUCGUUCUUCUCGUUCUCCCCAUCACCGUGCCCGUGCCAGUGCCAUGGCUUCUCGCACCGUCACUAAAUCAGCAAUCACAAUCACAAACCCCAAUUUGAUCAAGCCUAGCCCUAGUGCAAGUACUGACGUCAAUGAUGCGGCUUCAAAGAGCAGUGACGGAGCAUCCCCAGUUCCGGCAGCUGCAACAAGUACAUCUGAAGUUUCCCCAAGUGCAGGUAGUGCUUACGUCGCAAAUCACCCAUCCUCAACUGUCGCCCCGAUAGCAGAAAUUUCAAGGAUUACUGCGAGUAAACCACCGCAGAAUAGCUGGAAUUCCUUGGAUAUGGGCGGGGUUAACCUCAAGAACAUUCCUUCACAUUCUGGUCUUUUCUCAUUCACCUUCCUUAUCAACCUAUAUCUCAAUCACAACGCCUUGUCAUCUGUACCUCCCGAGAUUGCGAAGUUGCGGCACCUCGAGCUUCUAGACCUCUCGGGAAACAACCUCACCGUUAUCCCGUCAGAGGUUGGUAUGCUCACACACCUCAAAGAACUCUAUGUAUUCGACAACCACAUCAGCACGUUACCAUCUGAGCUUGGUACCUUGCACCAACUACAGACUCUUGGAGUGGAAGGGAAUCCUCUAGAUACAUCGCUCAAAGCCAUCAUACAAAAAGACGGUACUCCGGCUUUGAUAUCCUUCCUCCGUGAUUCAUGUCCCGUGCCCGUUCCUCCACCAGAGCGGCAGUGGAAAAACCUCAUUAGUCAAGCAGAAAGAGACACGCUAGCAUCAGAUCCAAACACAGAAACCUUCAGCGUUCUCUGCUAUAACAUUCUUUGCGAGAGGUUCGCCACGGAGCGAUUGUAUGGAUACACGCCUUCUUGGGCAUUAUCUUGGGCUUACCGCAAGGAACUCAUUUUAACCGAGAUCGUGAAUUACGAUUCGGACUUCUUGUGCUUGCAGGAGGUGGACAUCGCACAAUACGAAGAUUACUUUAUCAAGAACUUGAAGGCACAUGACUACGAAGGGGUGUACUGGCCAAAGUCACGGUACAAGACCAUGAGUGAUGCUGACCGACGGCAGGUAGAUGGCUGUGCCAUCUUUUACAAGGCGGAUAAGUAUCAAUUAGUAGAGAAGCAUCUCAUCGAGUUCAGUACCGUAGCGAUGCAGCGUCCGGACUUCAAGAAAACGGAUGAUAUGUUCAACCGCGUUCUUGGGAAAGACCACAUCGCCGUCAUAGGUCUCUUUGAGAAUAAGGAGAGCGGAACGCGCAUCAUCGUCGCAAAUGCACAUCUUCAUUGGGACCCUGCAUAUCGGGAUGUCAAACUCGUACAAGCUGCGCUACUGAUCGAAGAGAUCGAGAAAAUUGCCAAUGAUUUUUCCAAAUAUCCGCCACGCCUACCUCCUACAUCAUCAUCGUCCUCGGACUUUGACAGUGCUUCAUCCAAGCCUUCGCGGGUGCCUCCAACGUAUUCUGACGGAACGAAGAUUCCAGUGAUUAUAAGUGGAGACUACAACUCGAUUCCCGAAAGCGGGGUAUACGAGUUCUUGGCGAACGGAAGCGUGCCGCACGAUCACCCCGAUUUCAUGUCGCACAUGUAUGGGAGAUAUACAUCUGAAGGACUGAGACAUCGACUCGGGCUGAAGAGUGCAUACGCUGGCACAGAUGAGCUUACCUUGACGAACUACACACCCAGCUUCCAAGGUGUUAUCGAUUACAUCUGGUACUCAACUGGAAAUUUGGGUGUUAACGCCGUCUUGGGAGAAGUCGACAGAGGUUAUCUUGAGAAAGUCGUCGGGUUCCCGAACGCUCAUUUCCCUUCUGACCACGUUUGCAUCGUUAGCGAGUUCCGGGUUAAACCUCCGAGGGAUAACCCUCCACGACCGCCACCCGUCUUCUCGACGAUGAAUGGUACACAUUAGCAGCAGAGUAUCAUGGCUUACCCACAUACUCUCAUUUAUAACAUUUCUUGUACGCAUUAUAGCCGGUACAUUGGUUCAGGUACAUGAGGUCCCAUACAUAUCGUUUGUUCUAUAACAUCCUCUUUUUAUCUCUUACUCGUCGAAUCCGUUCUCCCUUUUUCUCCCCUCCCCUCCCUCUUGUGUCGAUGUUGCCCCUUACUUUUCCCUGAUUAUAUUCAUUACGGGUUUCUGUUCCUUUUUGUUUCCCAGUCUCCAUAUUUUUUUCAACUUUUUUGUAGCAAUGCGCGUGUACGGCUUUGGGUAUGAAACGAUUUCUCGCUAUUUUGCUCUCUCUUCGUGCAUGGCUUACUUUCGCUCUCGUACAUGACGUUGCGACCUCAUGGUGUCUUGAUUAUUGGAUUUAUAGUUACUGUUAAUAUCAUUCUACCCCUCUUGAUCUCA